AUGCCGGCGGCUAACGGCUCCACGUGCCUCCCACGCCCGCUGACCAAUCAACCCCUAUCUUCGCAAAUUACAGAAAACAGACUUUCCGUCCUUUCAUCACCCUCCCGCGAGCAUCGUCCCACGACUCGUUACGGAUGUGCUUGCCCAAACCACGCUUCAGGCAGCAUCAGCGUCUUUACAAACGACGAACCUCUCCCAAGCCCGGCUUUCACUCGUAUAGUCAAUUCUAAUGACCCGCCUUUACCUGCCGAGUCUGAUGCCAUUCGUGCCCUCAUUGCGGAACAAACCCGGCGCGUCUCUGCGCUCCAAACUCAAGUCAGCCACUUCAAAUCAUACCGCCAGGACCUGCUUGCUCAAGUGUCCAUGGUAGACGACAAAAUCUCGGCUCUAGAGCGCGAACGCGAGCGGGUCUCGCAAGCUAUUCGGGAAAAGAAGCGUUUGCUGAGCCCUGUCCGACGGCUUCCACCCGAAGUGCUCUCACUCAUCUUUCUGGAAACAAUCAUGUUUCCCAUCAAACGGACCCCGUCUACAAGCGAGAGCGAAUGGUGGGAUAUCGAGCUCUCUGAGAGCCCGAUGUGGUCUAUCGAGCAGGUAUGCAGGCAGUGGCGAAUGGUGUCGGUGUCGUUCCCGGAACUGUGGUCAUACAUCAACAUCACUAUCACAGAUGACAACUUUAAAGAAGACGGGUAUGCAUACGUACGAUGUCUUACCCACCAGUUCAGCCGUUCCAGGCUUUGUCCAUUGUCCCUUUCCAUCACCGAUAUAUCGAACCAGUCUAGUUUCGAUAAACUUCCCCCACCACUCGUGACGCUCCUCUUGUCCGUGGCGAGCAGGGUACGCGAGCUGCAUCUUCUGCUUUCUGCAGCGAUAUUCUCUACUGUACCGACGGUGCGCCUGGCGCUGCCUUCGCUCAGGAAACUCUCCCUGCUCUCUACAGACGCGGAAGAGAUCAGCAGGUACAAUAACCUCAACCUAUUUGACUCUUCCCCCAACUUGCACGUCGUGGAGGCGAUGAAUAUCCGGGACCCCGUAUCCUCGUUCGCACUGCCGUGGCACCAGAUAACCAGAUACAAGAGUGACCACCUCCUGGAUGACUGGGCUGAUCCUGGGCCCGACACGUGCAUUCACCUGCUGUCCAUCAUGUCGCAGCCCCAGCUGGUAGAAUGCGACUUGCGGUGUGAGGUCAACUGUGCCGACGGCGUGUUUAGCGGAAAGUCGUUUCCCGUCAUAUGCACACGGCUUCGCUCUCUGAGUCUCUCGUCCUGGCCGUACACCAGCGGAGGCACCAAGGCGAUCCACCAGAUAUUAGACCGUCUGACGUUGCCUGUCCUAGAGAGCCUGAGGGUUGUGUGUCAGGUGGGACUUGUUGAGCUCGAGAGGGAGCAGACGUUUGGUGCGCUUCGCCGGGUUGUGGAGAGGUCAAGGGCUCCACUUGAGGAGCUGUAUUUCGAGCAUGGGGAGGUUGUGGAGGAGGAUUUGGGUUCUGUGCUCCGGGCGGCGCCGGGGCUGAGGGAUUUGAGGCUGGUUAAUGUGAAUUUGGGUGUGAUACCCGGUCUGGGGGAGGAGGGGAUUGUUCCGGAUUUGAGGACGUUGUAUUUGAGUGGUGGUGGUGGGGUGGAUUUUGAAAUUGAUAGGGAGAUAUGGGAGGGUGUUGUACAGGCGAGGGCUGAGAAGUUGGAGGAGGUGAGGAUUGAGAAGAUCGAAAGGAGAGAAGAGGAGGACCGUGCUGUGGUUGUGUUGGAGGCGAGUCGAAGGAAGGAAGGAAGGGUUGGGGUUGGUCAUUCGUUAGCCUCUGAACGUUCCGAGUCUGUGAAGGGUAUUCAAUCGUCGAUAACGUUUGCGACACCUCAAAAGAACCGUCAUCCCAUGUCGUUCACGGAUUGGCAUGAACAGACGGUAGCGGCGCAUGCUGGUCUUCGCCUUCAUGGAGGUAAUGCUCGUUCACACGUUCAAAUGAACAUAGAUCCUGUCCAGUACAAGUAA